AUGAGUAAUAAAUAUAGAUUUUAUCCGAAUUUUGUCCCUUACGAAAAAAUGAGUUUUAUAUAUCCUCUUCCGACUACUGGAACCAUUUCAUUUUCUGAUUUUUUGUUAGACGAGAAUAAUUCAUAUAUAAAUGAAAUCUCCGAAGCAACUGCCCAAAGAGGUCGUGUUCGUGCUGCUUUGAAGGAAGUUAAUAAAACAGACGGACCGAAAGAUUACAUGAAUGUCAUGAAAGUAAUCGAUGAUUAUUUGCCAUAUUUGCUUGCUAUUGUCGAUUGCCUAGAAGGAGGCCAACUGAGAUUGAAAAAGGAAUUUGAGACUUCAUGGCGUUGUACACUCAGCGAUUCAGUUCUUAAAAAGAAACGAGUAACAUGUCGAGGAAUUUAUUAUGAAUUAAUUUUCACACUCAUGACGUACGGAUACGCAUGUUCUGACUGGGCGUCAAGCAUUAUAGAAAAGGAAUCACAGAAAGAUGAAAUUGAUAAUAAAUUGAAACAGGCGGCGGAUAUAUUACGUAAAGCCUCAGGUGUUUUCGCGUAUAUCUCCGAAAAAAUAUGUCCCAAAUGGAACAAGCCACCACCUUCCAGACCUCCGGAUGUUUUAACCGAAAUAUCAUCAUCAAUAUCAAAAAUUGCUCUUGCUGAUGCUUCAUCAGUUGCUAUCCGCAAAGCCCUCAUGCAACAAACAUCACCGUCUUUACUUGCAAAACUGGCUAUUGGUGUUGCAGGACAGUAUGAAAUGGCUAACGGGCUCAUUAAAAGUUUAAAAGAGUCAACAAAAGUAUGUAGUGAUUUCCGAAAGUAUGUGUCGUAUGGUGUAUUGUUUCAUCAG